CAAAAGGAAAAAUAUAUGAAACAAAAGAACAAAAGAGACUGACUACAGUUGCAAUAUGAUCGUCUCCAGAGCCUUUCUCGCUCUGCUGCUUUGGCCCGUCUCCUUUGCGGCUGUGGCGCAGGAGACGUGCGAAAAUGCGCCUCCCAACGACCCCAUCGGUAUCGAUCUUGGCCACCAGUUUGUCAUAGCCUCCUACGCCAACUCCGCAGACAAUUUCACGCUGCUAGGCGCAAUUAAUCACCAGGAUUAUCAGAGACAUAUUCUGGAAUUAUCCAUGAAUCACUUUCGGCAAUCAGGGCUAGCGGGGCCAGGGCCGAACUCCCGGGGUUCGACGCCGUUGGCGCUCCUGAGCAGCGCCGUUUGGCAACUGUUCGAGGUCAUCGAUAGAAGAUUCGCCGUUAGCAGCACUUCAUAUGUCGUUUGGACCCGAGGUUCGAUUCGUUCGAUUUAUGAUGAUGUCUCCAGGACUAUCCCCACCCCUAUCAAGCGAUGGAUCAAGUCCACCCUCAUCUCGUGCGGCCUCUUGAAGAAGAAGCGGUCUAUAUCUGACAUUACCGAAACAUUUACUGAGGUCUUGGCCGAGCUCAAGACGACGGCUUUCGAAACUCAUGGCGUCAACGUGACCUGGGCCGUGGUCGGCGUGCCGGACUUCUUCAACGACACGCUGAAACACGCCGUUGUGCAAGCUGGGCAGCAGGCGGGAAUCGUAAUUCUGGAGGGGGCAGUUCCACCGCGCUCCUUCUGCACACACUACCUGAAUCCGGUGGUUGAAGAGGAUGCUAGUGUGCUGGUUAUCCACCAGGGACAAUUCCAUUGUGGCGCCCAGUUGUACGACAGGCCGCAAGCCCGCCGCCGCCGCCAUUCAGGGUAUCCAUAUCUUCCGUUGACUCCGUGGGCGAGCGAGCGGAUUCAACGCCGGCUUGUGGAUGAGCUUGUUAGCGGUGAUGCACACUUUAGGACUCUGAUUAAACAGGGAGGCGACCUGGGAUUUUUGACACACGCGAUACAAAAAACGAGGUUGACGUUGAUGGGGUAUGAUCCGGCAGUCGAGCUGCUGCUGGGUUUGGAGUCGCUACUAUGGAAUCAGGCCAGUGGUAACGGAAAUGAAGGCGGUUAUGAUGACGGGGAAAUGCUCGACGAACUUCCGAUCAAUCUGGACUCCUGGUGGCCACAUGGGAACUUCCCAGAUCUGGUCCUCACACGUAGUCAAGUCACGGCGGUUGAGGACGAGUAUGCGGAGUCGCUGGCAGGUAGCAUUCAUGCUUACUUGCAAGCUACUAAAGGAUCACGCAAGAAGACAGGCGCAACGAACGCCGAGAAGGUGGACUACGCGAUCGUAUUGACGGACCACUUUGACGGCGAGCUUGUGCGUCGCGCUGUUCGGGAGGCUGUCGGGGAUGGAGUCCCUAUUCUUGGUUCGUUGAAGGAAAUCACUAUGGUGGCAGACGGUGCUGCGAGAUUGGCGUGGAAGCGGAAGGAAAAUCUACUUCUGAGGCAGGACAGUGCAAGGGCCAGGCAUGAUGAGCUUUGAUGGUAAGGGUUGAGAAGGGAUAGAGCUAGGUGUGGCUCUGCGCCAAUUAUGUAUAUAUGUACAGUAUCCGUCACACCCGCUGUAGGGAUCUCCGAAUAUGUGCCACAGUUCACUUUUGAUUACCAGGCGGUGCAGAAACAUGCGUGGCAGAGCUUCGGAGGCCUUGUUGAUCGACCCGCUUCAACCGCCGCAUCGCCAUGUCGGCCAGUUCGUCUUGACAGCCUGGAUAUUACCCCCAUCGAGCCUUCCAUCAGUGUGAG